AUGGAGAAUUUAGUGAAGAGCUGCGCAGGGAUUGAGAAGAAAAGAAGUAAUCUGACUCAAUCAGUAGACGAAAGUCACGAAACAGUAACCGAGUCGAAGGAGAGAAGCAGCACGAGCAGAUCGAGCUACGAUAGUUCCUCAGUCACCGCUGCUUCGUCUUCUCCACCACCACCGUCGAUUCUAGGUUGGCCGAUAAGGAAAGCCUCGUUUCGUAAGAAUUCAACAGAAAAAGUCAGAUUGGACCAUAAGAAAUCUUCCUCUCUCGCUGAUUCUGGGUCUAAAGAGAAGGCGAUGAAUAGCGCAGAUGUGGAUAUGAUGAAGGAGAGGUUUGCGAAGUUAUUGCUUGGAGAAGAUAUGUCAGGUUCCGGUAAAGGAGUGUGCACGGCUUUAGCCAUCUCCAACGCCAUCACCAAUCUCUGUGCUACCAUUUUUGGGCAACUAUGGAGAUUAGAGCCACUUUCGAGCGAGAAGAAGGAGAUGUGGAGAAGGGAAAUGGAGUGGAUUCUUAGUGUUAGUGAUCACAUCGUUGAGUUAACACCUUCCACGCAAACUUACCCCGACGGCAAAAAGUUUGAGGUCAUGACUUGCCAACCAAGAUUUGAUCUUUUCAUCAAUCUCCCAGCUCUCCGUAAACUAGACAACAUGCUUCUUGAUUUACUGGGGAGUUUCAAGAAGACCGAGUUCUGGUAUGUUGAUCAAGGGAUUGUAGCUUCAGAAAACGACGGCUCAGCUUCUUUCCGUAGAAAGAUUCAGCGCCAAGAAGAGAAAUGGUGGUUGCCUGUUCCUCGUUUAGCACCUAAUGGUCUUACCGAAGAAGCAAGAACAGAACUGAACCACAAGAGAGAUUGUGCGACUCAGAUACUUAAAGCUGCAAUGAACAUUAACAGCGUUUCUUUAACCGAAAUGGAUGUUCCCGAAUCAUACCUUGAAACACUUCCUAAGAACGGUAGGUCUUGCCUUGGGGAUGUUAUCUACAGGUACAUAACCUCUGAGAAAUUUUCUGCUGAGUGUCUUCUUGAUUGCCUUGAUCUGUCCUCUGAGCAUAUUGCUCUUGAUAUCGCAAACCGUGUGGAAGCUUCGAUAUACGUCUGGCGCAGAAGAGUCCACACAAAGCUUGGAGUCAACAAAGAGAAUAACACUUCAUCAAGCUCUACACCAAAGUUAUCAUGGGAAAUGGUGAAAGAUCUAAUGGCUGCUGGUGACAAAAGAGGACUACUUGUGGAGAGAUCUGAAACUCUCUUACGUUGCUUGAAGCAGCGGUUCCCAUCUCUUACUCAAACUUCUCUAGACAUUAGCAAGAUCCAAUGGAACAAGGAUAUUGGGAAAUCAAUCUUAGAGAGCUACUCGAGAGCUCUAGAGAGCUUAGCAUCAAACAUCGUGGCAAGAAUCGAUGAUUUACUCUACGUGGAUGACUUGACAAAACAGUCUGAUGAUAACACUCUGUUGUCAAAUCCAAGUGUCAACAUUGUAGCUCACAAGAAAGUGGUACCAGUGCCUUACCUAAUAUCUGCCUCAGGAACUCCAUACAGAACAAGCUUCUCAUCGACGACACCUGGUUUCUCUCCUUCAUUGAUCAGCCCCAGGAAAAGAGAGAGAACACCUUCUUAUUCAAGCAAGAACACCAACAGAGUCAAUGAGAAAGGUCCUCCUUCUCGAGGAUUUGGAGUGAGAAGGGUCUUGAACAAUUAUCUUGGCAUGGAUUCGAAGCUGAAAAUAUGCGUGAGUCCGUUGGAGAGUUCAGAUUCUGCAGUGAUAAACCAGAUUGGCAAAGAAAGUGAAGAAGAGAAGAAAAGAGAUUCAACAUCAGUCCAUCAAAAAGCUCCUCCAAAGUACACAGUCUCUUAA